AUGCCGCUCUCCAGCAAUUCGGCCCGAUCCACCCCGCUGGGUGGCCGAAAAGUGGAGGCCCCAAGCUACCAGCAGUGGCUGUUUGGCCGUGAUGCACCAGCCAGCAGCCCCGCCAGUGAAACCAAACCAUCAAGCCCCUUCAGCGCCCAUUUCCCCCCACCCCCACGACCAAUGCGAUCCAAUUCGGUCUCCUUGGAGCUGAGCCUGGGACAAUCCAGUCCCACAGGGGUAGGGUCGGUGCUUUUUGCACCGCUUUCUGAUGCGGCCGGCUUCUUGGCAAAGGCUGCACAGCUGAGCCUAGCAAGAAAAGACUUGCGGCACACAAUCUCAUGCUGCAACCAGGCAGUGGCUUUAGCACCGGACUGCGGUCUAGCUUGGAAGCAGCGAGGGGUCGUGCGGCUGCAAGCGGGUGAAGCAAGGGCAGCCCUAGAGGACCUGAACAUGGCGGUGCGACUGGAUCCCACCGAUGCGCGACUCUUGGAGAGAAGAGCCGCAGCACGGCACGGGAUUCGAGACUACGUAGGUGCCGUGGAAGAUGCUACGGACGCCAUCCAGGCUGAAGGUGUUCGGCCAGAGUUCUGGAGAAGGCGCGGCUUGGCCAAGAUGAUGUUGGAGGAUUACACGUCAGCCGCCUCUGACUACGAUCAGGCCUUGCGCCUCGAUCCUCAACAUGCGGGCAGCUGGAGAAAUCGUGGAGCUGCAAGGCUAAACUUGGGCCAGAAGAAGGCUGCUGAAGGCGACACUUCUAAGGCCAUCAAGCUCCAUCCAAAUGCUUGCAAUUUUAUGCAGCGUGCCAAGAUCAGGUUGGAAACUGGCGACUACGCAGGGGCUGCCCGGGAUUGCACUCAAGCUCUCAAGAUGAGUGAUCAGGCGGAUCUGUGGGUACUCAGGGCCAUUGCCAAGCAGCACCUAAAGGAUCUGCCAGGUGCAGUGGCAGACUUGGAUGAGGUCAUCAAACGUGACCAAUACAACUACAAGGCUUGGGAGCGUCGAGCACAGAUUCGUUUGAAGCAAGGCCACUACGAGCAUCUCAUUCGAGAGUGCAACGAGGCCAUUCCCGCUAUGCCAGAGCCUGGAGAGCUUUUAUGCUGUCGAGGGCAAGCAUACUAUCGCAAAGGCGAUUACAAGAGUGCCUAUGAUGACUUCGAAAGUGCUUUGCAGCAUGAACCCGAAAGCGCGUUGGCCAGGAAGCUCCUAGACAUGUCGCAUCAGUGUGUGAAGCAACUGGAGAGUUGGAAAUUGAAACUUGGAGAUCCAAGCUGCUUGACAGAAGCCGUGAGUGCUGUCCAGCUCAUCAACUAAUGAUUUUUUGUGGUUUUCCUGGGUUGUCAUCCCCCUGAUAUUACAUACCCC